AUGGUCGGACCAGCCAAGGAGAUCAUAGACAGACUGAGCGUCGACUGCAAGGAAGGCGGCUCAUUCUACGUCUGCCAAGACAAACCAGUCCAGUUCAUCGGCUGCUGCACUCUCGAUCCCUGCAAAACCAACGACGGCAACUGUCCCACGGAAAACCUGCGCAACACAACCUUCGACAAACUACACUACAGCCAGUUCAAGGCCCAGGGCUGCCUCAGCAAUGCCCCCCAAGACAUAUUCUACACCUGUGCCAACAAUGAUCCCCCUUUUAUGGGAUGCUGCGCCCAGAACCCCUGCCAAUCCAAUGGGUGCGCCGCGGCCAAUCUCUCAUCGGCCGUGUUGAGCAAAAACAAAGAAAACGCGAGCGUCUUCCUUCCCGCCGACACCGGAACCACCUCUCGAGCUCUUUCCUCGGGAGCAACAGCGGGUAUCGCGAUCGGUGCCGUGGUCGGUAGUCUCGUCAUGAUUGUGCUCGGCCUGAUGUGGUUCCGGAGGCGAGCGAAAGCCAAAAACAACAACCCAUCAGGUCAACCUCCCAACUGGAUGAGCCCCAAUACAGCGACAGCACCAUUCCUCGGGAGCUACACGAAUUUAAGUCCAUCAAAUACUGGAACACCGCCACCCUACUCCUCGCCACCAAUGCAGGUGCAUGGGCAGCAGCAACAGGGUGGGUUUUGGCAGUCACCGCCGGUCGGAUCGUACCAGUUCCAGGGGCCGUACGACAACCGCAGGUUACUGGGACCGCAAUCUGGUGGCUACAUACCUGGUUUAAUAAGUGGCAAUGGGGAUGGGUGGCGGGGGCAACAACCACAACAGACGGUGUUGCAGGAGCUUCCACCCCAACACGGGUUGGUAGAGUUACCAGAAGAACAGAAGACUGGAAAAGAUCGGUGGGUGACCGAGUAG